AUGACUGGACUGAUUAAUGGCGGACUGGGUGGGAUGAUAUAUACCUAUAUCGGGGGUACCUUUGGCAUGAGUUGCGCGAUCCUUGCUAUGGCCGAGAUGGCGUCAAUGGCACCUACUUCUGGAGGCCAGUAUCACUGGGUAUCAGAAUUUGCUCCAAAACGUUACCAAAGAUUCCUGAGCUAUGUCACAGGAUGGGUCUGUGUUUUGGGUUGGCAUACUGGUAUAGCUGGAUGCUGCUAUACCGUGGCCAAUAUGAUCAUCGGGAUCAUAUCAAUCAAUCACCCGGAAACAUACAUCCCCCAGGCAUGGCAUGGUACCCUUCUAAUUAUUGGUAUAGCGUUUAUCGCUAUUGUAUUCAACACUUUUUUUGCCCAAAAACUUCCACUUGUUGAAGGGUUUAUUUUAAUCCUUCAUUUUUUUGGCUUCUUUGCCGUACUGAUUCCACUGUGGGUGUUGGCCCCAAGGAACACUCCUAAACAGGUUUUCCAGACAUUUGAAGACCGGGGAGGAUGGGGCAGCAGUGGCCUUGCAUGCCUCGUCGGGCUCAUUGCACCAAUCUACGCUUUGAUAGCUGAAGAGAUCAAAGAUGCUUCGCGAGUUUUGCCGCUCGCAAUGGUUUGGACUCUUAUUCUCAACAGCCUGACAGGCUUGAUCAUGUUAAUCACGUUCUCAUUUUGCGUCCACAAUAUCGAUGAGGCUUUAGAGAGUUCUACAGGGUUUCCGUUCAUUUCGGUCUUUGUGCAUGCGACCAGAUCUGUGUCUGGCGCAACAGGAAUGACAGCUAUCAUGUUAAUCCUCCAAGCCUGCGCUGGGAUUAGCAAUGUAGCCACAACUUCGCGACAGGUCGACAACCGAUACAUCGUCCCACUUAACGCUCUCUUUGUCAGCUUUAUCGUUGUCUGUCUCAUGUCACUCGUCAACAUCGGGUCUUCUAUUGCUUUCAACGCAAUCAUUUCCCUUGGUGUCGCAUCUCUUCUGUCGUCCUACAUCAUUUCCAUCUCCUGUGUCCGCCUCAAGCGCUGGCGUGGCGAACCACUUCCACCGGCGCGCUGGAGCAUGGGAAAGUGGUCUAGCACAGUCGAAACCAUCGCCAUCUUAUUCCUCGUGAUAGCCUGGGUGUUCUCAUUUUUUCCUUUGACAAGGUCGGUGGACGUGCAGACGAUGAAUUGGAGCUGCGCUAUCUUUGGGGGAGUGGUCAUAUUUGCAUUGAUUUACUACUUCACAUACGCCCGGAAUGUGUACAAAGGACCAGUAACGCGUAUCAGACCGUGGGUAGAAUUGGUGGAUCACCGCCGAAACGAUUGA